AUGGCUUCUACCCGGUAUUACGCCAACCCUAAACAAGCGGGCGAAUUCGCCACGAACUUGCUUUUGAAAGCCGGUCUCAAUGACGGUGAUGCCAAGUCAAUGGCCGACGUGCGCGGUGUGGACACGCAUGGACUAGCCCGACUGCCACAGUACCUCGACCGGGUACACAAUGGGCGAGUCAAAGCCCAACCCAACAUCAGUAUCACCUGCAAGGCCCCCGUAAUGGCCCACCUGGACGGCGACAACGGCUUCGGCUUCAUCGUCGCAACAAAUGGCAUGAACGAAGCCAUCCAGCGCCCAGCGUCAGAGAGAGGGGGCUCGAUAUGCUGA